AUGACGGACACUAAUCAAUCAACAUCUGCAGAAGAUCAAUGGGAGGCGUGCAUUUCAUAUCGCAGGUCAAAUGUGACUGUGUGCCGCAACUUAUCGCACCUGAUGUAUCGUCUACAUACGGCUCCGAACCAAAAGCUGAAGUUCAUUCUUUCAACGUAUUGCAUUUCAUUCGAGAAAAGCUAUAGGGCAUCUAAGGUAGAUGCUGAGAGACUUAUAAUGGCCCUUGAUCCUGAGUUCCUAGCUUUGAUGCUGCGCUCUUCACUGGUGAUCGCCAGUUCUGCGUUGACUCUAAUUAUAUCCCUGCUGUCUAACAAAUCGACUGCGAGACAUUUGUCGACAUUGACUCCUCAUGUGGGUGUUUUGGUUUCAUUUUUGGUGGACAACAAAGGUUUCGAGAUAGAUUCGACAACUAGCGCCCUGAUAAAGCAAAGCGCUUCAAGCGUUGAGGUUUUAAAGGCGCGCCUCGUUUCAGAUUGCCUUUCGUUCUUCCACUCGGUCGCCGAUGUUCUGGGCUUGCCAGCGUUUCAUGUGAUUGAUAUGGAUGUUCCGGAUCUCGCCGAUGUCGUAGACGACCUAUCCAGGGAUAUGUUCGACCUUGUCAGUGAUGAUGGUACGCCAAAUAAUACAGCGAACGUCACUGCUGCGUGUCGUUUGUGCGAGCUUGUUGAGCAUCGGGAAUUCAAGGAGGUUGCAAGUGAGGUCGAGCAUCUCGAACGAGAUCUAGAUGCUUUGGCAGCCGCCCAUUUGGAGGAUGUUGCAGCCGCAUCUGCUGAAAACGAUGGAUGUGACGACGAUGGUCAUUCCCUAGGAGCGCUUCUGUUAACGGUCGGAAAAUCGGUUUUGGCCGAGUUGUCCAAGAAAGAGCAAAUACCACCAGAAGCAAUUUCCAUCAACUUACUAUCACUCAAAUGUGCGCUCGAAUUGAUUGCAGCUGCGGAAUUCGAUGAAUUGUUUCGGCAGUGCCUAUCUAGCGGUAAUUUCGAUAUUAUGGCGGUUCUUUUCGACUUGUGCAAAUCAUCACGUUCGGGUCUAUUUGGCUCAUCCGUCCAAAUUCGCGUCGCGCAGGUUGCAUCCACCAUUCUGGAGCAUAGUUCGCACAAGUCCGGCAUUGCGCUGGCCAGUUGUUUUUUGGGACAAAUGAUUGAACGUCACGGAUUUGCCGCAAUAUCUUCAGACCAGGAUGACUGUGGCGUGAAUGCUCAGUUGAUAAAACGGCUAUAUGCGCUUGUGAGCCGUUGUGAGAUCGAGAUUCACCUAACGCUGCAUGACUUCCUCCGGCUGGGAUCGGUCAGCACAGACGUGAAUGCAUCUUUCCGCCUGUUGGAGUCAAUUAUUGUUUGCAUCGGAGAGAACGAGUCGAUAAUGCCUGCAUGUCACGAUCUCUUCGCCGUCAUCCACCGCACUAUGACAACAGUGUUGGAAUUUUUCGACGAAAUUGAUGAUAACAACGGAAAGAAGGCCAAUCCACUGCUGAAGUGCUGCUGUCGGUUGAUUGGCUGUUGGAUGGCCCUGGAGCCUAUGCACCUCAGGAGCCUGUAUCUGAGUAAAUUGGGGAAGAUAUUGUCGGUAACAUCUCCAGAAGAUUUCAACUGGUUGCUUCCUUCGUUUGAAUAUUUGGAUGCCGUCGAUUUUGACGGUAUAAAAGCGCUUAUGCCGUCCUGCCUUGCGGCCAUGUCGUUAGCCUGGGCCACCGUGGUGGGUGAUGAGUCUACGGGCUCCACGGACGGCGAAGUUAGACGUGCUUUGUCCAUGUGUUAUAGACUCUUGGAGCGCAUGUUCAUAGAAGGUGUCAACGACUGUUCGGCUUUUCUCGCGUUGGACGCCGCCGAUGCAAUACCAGCGUUCACGCCGUUUAAGAUGCGCAGUUUCAACGAGACCAUUCUUGAUCAAGGCAACACCCAUUUCAGUCCCCGCAUCCCUCUAGAUGUGUCUAUGCCUAUUCCUAUCGACCCAGCUUCACUUCCUGGUUCGGCUGAGGGGCCUUGCCGAGUGCUACAGUUCAUGCAGCAUCACUUCCUGUCCGUGCUCUCUCGCUUCCACCCGAAAUUGCAGCCGCUAUCUGGAAGUGAAGAGGACAAUUUUCUGGACCUAGGUGUGGUACAAGAAGCCUUGGAAAAUUCGCUGAAAAACGAGAGUGUUUUGCAAGCCGAUUGGUCUCCGAUUUUAUGUGAAGCUGCGCUUGCCACUGCUGCGGUCUGUCUCCUGCGGCUUGGCCAAAGUUAUGUGCGCGAAUGGAUGAACAGCUCUGCUACGUUACUCCUUAUGGAAUGCGUCGCGAUGUCGUUCGCGUAUGCGAAUCCCCGGACUACCGCGGAAUAUUCCGCAGUUGAUGAAAGCUCUGGUCUGCUAUGGCACCGCAUUGCGCUGUGUUGUACCAUUUUGCUGCAACGCCAACCGCAAUUUGUGAACGUGUUCGCGUUCGUCUGUCGUAAGCUUCGUUUGAAACCUUUCAAGGCCACCAAUGGCAAGCUGGAUGCCCUGGUUGAAUCUGGCUGGCUGUCGGCAGAUUGCGCGUCUGCCUGUGAGUUCAUGUGCACGCUUGUGUCCGCGUUGCGUUAA